AUGGCUUCCCAAGAAUACCAGCUUCACUUUGUCUUGUUUCCUUUCAUGGCCCAAGGCCACAUGAUUCCAAUGGUAGACAUUGCUAGAAUGCUUGCACAACACGGCGUGACUAUCACCAUAGUCACCACGCCACUUAAUGCAGCUCGUUUCGAAACAGUUCUUGCUCGCGCCAAAGAAUCGGGGUACCAAAUCCGGUUGAUGCAGCUGAAAUUUCCAUUCGAAGGAGCUGGCUUGCCUCAUGGCUGUGAGAAUUUGGACAUGGUACCUUCUUUCAACUUGGCCUCAAAUUUCUUCAAUGCAACCAAAGGGCUACAAGAGCCAGUAGAAAAACUGUUUGAAGAACUGACCCCCAAGCCAAGUUGUAUCAUCUCAGAUAUGUGCUUGCCGUGGACUAUCAACAUCUCUCGCAUGUUUAACAUUCCGCGGAUAUCUUUCAGUGGAACAUGUUGCUUUACUCUCCUAUGUUUUAGCAAUGCGCGCUUAUCCAAGGUUCAUGAUGAGAUAACAUCAGAGACGGAGUAUUUUGUCCUGCCUGACUUGCCAGAUCGCAUUGAGGUGACCAAGGCUCAGCUGCCAGGAACUAUGGCACCAGACUUGGAAGAGUUUUAUGAACAAAUGCUUUCAGCUGAGAUGGCCUCAUAUGGGAUAAUUAUGAAUAGCUUUGAAGAGUUGGAGCCAGCAUAUGUUCAAGAAUACAAGAAGGUAAAGAAGGAUAAAGUCUGGUGUGUUGGUCCUGCAUCACUAUGCAACAAAGAUGACUUGGAUAAGGCACAAAGAGGUAACAAGGCCUCGGUGGAUGAACAUUACUGCUUGAAGUGGCUUGAUUCUUGGGAACCAAGCUCAGUACUUUAUGCUUGCUUUGGAAGUUUAUGUAAUCUCAUACCUGCACAACUGAUAGAACUUGCAUUGGGGCUGGAGGAAUCCAAUAAACCAUUCAUUUGGGCUGUGAGGGGAAGUAGCCAGUUAAAGGAAUUGGAAAAGUGGAUAACAGAAAAUGGUUUUGAGGAAAGGACUAAAGAAAGGAGCCUGCUGAUUCGGGGUUGGGCUCCGCAGACACUGAUACUGUCACACCCUGCAGUUGGGGGUUUCUUGACACAUUGUGGUUGGAACUCUACAUUAGAAGGGAUAUGUGCUGGGGUGCCUUUGAUUACAUGGCCACUGUUCGGAGACCAAUUUCUCGAUGAGAAACUAGUAGACCAAAUUCUAAAGAUUGCGGUGAGAGUUGGGGUGGAAUAUCCAAUGAAGUGGGGAGAGGAGGAAAGUAUUGGGGUGUUGGUGAAAAAAGAAAAUGUGAAAGAAGCAAUAGACAAGUUGAUGGAUGGAGAAGUAAGUGAAGCGAGAAGAGAUAGAGCCAGAGAGCUUGCUAAAUUGGCAAAGAGAGCAGUACAAGAAGGGGGAUCUUCUCACCUCAACAUUCAACAACUAAUCCAAGAUAUCAUGCAACAAGGUAAUUGCACAGAGACAAACUAA